CGCGGGACCGGAACAGGAAAAAGAGUGUUGCAGGUUAGCCGAGCUAGAUUCAGUUGAGCUACAGUUGACAACGCUAAGAUAAGCUGUAUUUCAGCCCCUUUCCUGCACUGCACUGUAAAGGAGACUUCAGCAACGGGAGGACUUCACCAUGCAGAGGGAGAGAUUUCCGCACCCUGCGUGGGACGAACACCAAGCGUACGAGGAGCUGCUGUACUGGGACAGCCUGAUCCAGGAGGGGCACACGCUGCACCCCCGCGAUUAUGAUAGGUUUGAGGAGUUGCGGUACUGGUAUGACUGCCUGUGCUACGAGGAGGAGCUCCGACACUAUCACGCUUACAUGGCCGAGUGGAAGAAGAGACAGGCUGAGUUCCCUCACGGAGAACCGGCCAUGAAGCCUCCACCUCAGCGCACCUUCAUCAAUGAGGACCGGCACGUAAAUGCCAAACACACCAGUGUGUAUCCGUCCCCAGAAGAGCUACAGGCUGUGCAGAACAUGGUGUCCCAAAUAGAACAGGGGCUGAAGGCUGUUUCUGAUUGGCUGGACGAGCAGGAACCAGCCAAUGGUGCCUCUCAAAGUGAGGGGUCAGCAACCAAACUGAAGGGAGUUCUGCGGGUUGGGUUGGUGGCGAAGGGGCUGCUCCUGAAACAGGAUUUGGACCUGGAGCUGGUUCUGCUCUGCAGUAAUGCACCAACCAGUACAGUACUUCAGCUCAUCACCACUAAACUCACUGAAGUCCUAAAGACGCAGACGGAUGACGAGUACGUGGUCACUCCGUCAGCGGCCGACGCUGCUAUUCUGGUGAAGACUGUGAAGGAGCCGGUGCUGAACCUGCAGAUCCACUUGACGUCCCCGAUGGUCCGAGAGCAGACAGAGAAAGAAGGCUCUGGAGAGUCGCAGUCGACCUCGGCCCCCCCGGACACGCUGGACAGGCAGAAAUGCCUGGCUUCUCUCGCCGCUCUCCGACACGCCAAGUGGUUCCAGGCUAAGGUUAACAAUCUGCAGUCAUGUGUGAUCGUGAUCCGUAUCCUUAGAGACCUCUGCGCAAGAAUCCCCACGUGGGCUCCUCUCAAAGGAUGGGCUCUGGAGCUGCUGUGUGAGAAAGCAUUGUCCACCAGCGAUCGGCCGAUGGGUCCGGGAGAAUCUCUGAGGAGAGUGCUGGAGUGUCUGGCAUCAGGAAUCUUACUGGAGGACGGUCCAGGUGUUGCUGACCCAUGUGAGCGGGAAAGUAUGGAUGCUAGUGGCCACCUAACCCGACAGCAACGUGAGGACAUUACCCAGAGUGCACAGUUUGCUUUGCGGCUGGCUGCGUUUGGGCAGAUGCACAAAGUUCUGGGGAUGGACCGUCUCUCACCCAGAGCGGCCCGCAUGUUCAGUGACCUACACUACACAUCACAGGUCCCGGGAGCUUUUCCAGGUCCGUAUGUCCCGAAGCGUCCGCUGGAGCCAUAUGCAGAUGAGGACCCCAAUGUGCGGAAGGCCAAAUUCCCCCGGAAAGAGUUUCGUGUUGAGCCUGCUAACGCUCUGAUGAAGCUGAAUCAGCUGCGACCUGGUAUCCUAUACCGCCUUAUCUCCCAGACCGGCCCUGACCACACACCCCAGUUCACCAUGGCCAUCGAGGUGGAUGGUGCAUCCUACGAGGCCACCGGGUCAUCCAAACGCAGUGCUAAACUGCUUGUGGCGCAGAAGGCACUGCAGGCUCUGGGCAUGUCCACAGGCUCAGAGACAAAAGCAGCCAGUCAGAGCCAGGGUGCGGAUGGUUCUGCUACGGCAGCCGGCGACACUGGGACAGAGGGAGAAGGGAGUGCAGGAGAGGAUGGAUCUGAGUCUGCGUUACAGGGCGGUCCCAUCCUCACCAAACACGGGAAGAACCCCGUUAUGGAGCUGAACGAGAAGAGGCGGAGUCUGAAGUAUGAGGUCGUCGCUGUAAAAGGACGCUUUAACGACAAAACCUUCACUAUUGAGGUGGAGGUGGAUGGUCAGAAGUUUCAGGGUUCUGGUUCUAAUAAGAAGCUGGCGAAGGCUAACGCUGCACUGGCGGCUCUGGAGAAGCUCUUCCCAUACAGCUCCGUCUCAGACAGCCUAAAAAAGAAGAGAUUUCCUCCUGUGGGCUUUGGCAGUAUGGCUGGGUUAGGGUUUAACUCUGCUGCCAGCAGGGGGCGUGGCAGGGCCCGGGGACGGGGCAGAGGAUUCAACAACACAAGCUCCACUUUCAAAGGUGUGGGUGGUGCAGCAGUAAGCAGUACAGCUAUUGGCGGUGCUGCAGAUGUGAGCGGUUCCACGUACAGCAGCACCGAAUCCGGGCAGAUUGACAAAGAUACGACAGCCCAGUCUGACUCUGCCGGCCCGGACACGCCCACCUACCAGGCCGUCCCGCCCCCCGCUGCAGGGUACUACAACCAAUACAGCCAGGCCUACUCACAGUUCAAGAAAACUGGACAGAACCAGAACCCAAGUCAGGCUCCCCUGGUUGGGCCAGAUUACGGAUACGGUUACCCCAACCAGGCCACGGUGGGGCAAGACUACAGCUAUGGAGGCUAUGGUGGUCAGUCAUCGUUCGGUCCUCCUGGAACCACCUCACAGGAUUAUGGGUACCAUCAGAGUGCCUACCCAAACCUUGGGGGUUACAGCAGCGGCAGCAACACUAGUUACAGCUACAGAUAAACCCCCCUGCUCACCUGCACCCGCCCCCACCCUACCCACCGGGUCCCUCUAACAGCGCCUCCUGGAGCCCUGCAGAGAGAGAACCACUGGUUCCUGCUCUGUAGAUUCAGAGUCUGUUCAGUUUAGUUGGCUCUGUCUGCGUUAUUUUUGUUACUGGAACUUGUAGUUCAUUUGUGGUUCCCGACGGCUUCUUGGUUAUCUGUUUAUUUUAACCCUGCGGUGAUUCAUGAGGCUGUCUGAGCGGAGAGGAAGUCUCCACAUCAUCCCGUUUAUUCUGUUCUUCCAUCAGGAACGUUUCCAUCGGCUCGUUCUCUCCUUCCUCAUCCGAGUGAAUGUGAACUAGAAAGCACGUCUGAUUACCUGCCGACCUGAGAGCAGUGUCUGUGUUCCGUUAUCGUUCUCUCCCACUUGCUCUUCUGGCUGUAGCCUUGUGGUUUUAAUUUGUUUGUCAUAUCACUGGCCACGAAAAAAUAAAACAUUUUCUAUUUUUAA